AUGGUUGAGAUGGUGAAGAUCAAGAAGGCGACGAAUCUCCAAGUUACCUUUGCCAAACGCUGGGCUGGCAUUUUCAAGAAGGCGAGUGAAAUUAGCACGCUUUGUGGCGCUGAAGUUGCAGUGAUUAUUUUUUCACCUGCUAAGAAAGUGUUUUUUUUUGUCAAUCCUUCUGUGGAAAAGUUGAUCAAUCGAUUCAGUGGCCUAAUAGAACAACCUCUCUCAGCUAACAGAUGCAUGAUGGAUGCUCAUCGAAAUGCUUGUCUCCAAGGGCUCAACUCACAGCUAAACAAGGUGAUGAAGGAGAAUGCAAGUAAAGCCUGGUGGAUGGGUUCCAUAGAUGACAUGAACCUUUCACAGUUUCAGCAAUUUCAAGCUGCUCUUGAGGAAUUAUACGAGAAUGUUAUAAAAGUCGCCAAAGAAAAAGAUGCUGAAGAGGACAAUAUUAAUCCUAAUUCUGAUGAUCAGCUUUUUCUUGGAAGCUCUUCCAAUGGGACUGGACUUCCAUUUGAAUCUAUCCCCUUAAAUGCUACCGUUGGUCCCAGAAAAAUGGUUAAUCUGAACAUGAAUAGGGUUAAUUCCAACAUGGUUAAUCCAAACGUGAUUAGGCCCAGCAUGAUUAAUCCUAACAUGGUUAAUCCUGCAGCUUAUAUGAAGAUGCUUCGUGACAUGCUCAACAACAAUAUUCCAAACAUUCCCUUGUCCAAUUCCAUGAUUCCCAAUAAUCCAAUCAUGGUCUCUAAUGUCAUGCUUAUCAACAGUAACCCUACAAACAUGAUGCUACCGGCGGCAAAUCUGAUGAUUAAUAAUGAUCAAAACAUGGUUCCAGCCGAUCAUAUGAUGAUGAACAACGACCAGAACAUGAUGGUGGGGGGAUCAGAUGCGAUCAAGGAUUAA